CAGGCGACAACCCCGAUGGACCCGCGCGUGCUGGAUGCGAUGCUUCCCUUCCUGUCCGGCCAGUUUGGAAACCCGCACUCGAAGACCCACGAGUACGGCUGGGAGGCGGAGAGUGCGUCCGAGGCGGCGCGCGAGCAGGUGGCGAGCCUCGUCGGCGCGGACAGCAAGGAGAUUGUCUUCACAUCGGGCGCGACCGAGUCGAACAACAUGGCGAUCAAGGGCAUCGCCCACUUCUACGGAGAGAAGAAGCGGCACAUCAUCACGACGCAGACGGAGCACAAGUGCGUCCUCGACUCGUGCCGCGUGCUGCAGCAGGAGGGCUUCGAGGUAGACUACCUCCCCGUCAAGCAAGACGGGCUGGUCGACCUCGAGCUGCUCCGCUCUCUCAUCCGGCCAGACACGGCGCUCGUCUCCGUCAUGUACGUCAACAACGAGAUCGGCGUCAUCCAGCCCGUCCGCGAGAUCGGCCAGCUCUGCCGCGAGAACAAAGUCUUCUUCCACUGCGACGCUGCGCAGGCCGUGGGCAAGAUCCCGCUCGACGUCAACGAGCUCAAGAUCGACCUCAUGUCCAUCUCUGGCCACAAGCUCUACGGCCCGAAGGGGAUCGGCGCGCUGUACGUGCGGCGGCGGCCGCGCGUCCGCAUCGAGCCCAUCUUCUCGGGCGGCGGGCAGGAGCGGGGCAUGCGGUCGGGCACGCUGCCGCACUCGCUCGUCGUCGGCUUCGGCGCGGCGUGCGACAUUGCGGGGCGCGAGCUCGAGGCGGACACGGCGCACAUCGCUCGCCUGUCUGCGAGGCUGGAGCAGGGCCUCGUCAGCCGCAUCCCGCACGUGGUGAUCAACGGGUCGACCGAGUCGCGCUACAAAGGCAACCUCAACAUCUCCUUCGCCUACGUUGAGGGCGAGUCCCUCCUGAUGGCGCUCAAAGACAUGGCCGUCUCCUCGGGCUCGGCGUGCACCUCCGCCUCGCUCGAGCCCUCGUACGUCCUCCGCGCGCUCGGUGUCGACGAGGAGAUGGCGCACACCUCAAUACGCUUCGGCAUCGGCCGCUUCACCACCGAGGCCGAGGUCGACUACGCGGUCGAGAAUUGCGUCAAGCACGUCGAGCGGUUGCGCGAGAUGUCUCCGCUGUGGGAGAUGGUGCAGGAGGGCAUCGACCUCAAGUCGAUUCAAUGGUCGCAGCACUAGCGGCGCGCAUACGCUAGCCCCCCCCCCCACCCGCCCACAAAGGUUCUCCACCCCUCCACACGUGACUUUCCUCACACGUUCGCCAGAUGCCCCAUUGAAACACUCUCUGUUGUGCAGUUAGAGAGCGGAAGCGGAACGGCUGACAUGCCGAGUCCUGAGAGAAUCUCUGGCGCGACACACGUGAGGUGACAGGUGUGUGUUUCUCACCAGAGACUCGGACGAGCCAUCUCGUUCUUUCAUCCUCGUGCUUUUGGCUUGUA